UGCUGAAGUCAGGAGCUGAACGUUAGACGAAGCAUCCUUUCCAUCGAAUCCUCAAGCCUCAUCAAUCCUUUCGGUUCACAGGUUCAGAUCUCUUCACUAUGAAGGCCAGUCUCAUGAUGCUGUUGGCGCCUCUGGCGGCCAUGGCAGCACCCACCCCCGACAACUUGGAGGCUCGUCAGGCCAGCCAGAGCAUCGACGCUCUGAUGAAGGCCAAGGGCAAGCUCUACUUCGGUGCCUGCACCGACCAGGGCCGUCUCACCUCGGGCAAAAACGCGGCCAUUUUGCAGCAGAAUUUCGGCCAGGUCACGCCUGAGAACAGUAUGAAGUGGGAUAGCAUUCAACCCCAAAGGGGCCAAUAUAACUUUGGUCAGGCGGACUACCUCGUCAACUGGGCCACCGCCAACAACAAGACUAUCCGUGGCCAUACCUUCCUCUGGCACUCGCAGCUUGCCAGUUGGGUCAACAACAUCCGCGAUAAAAACCAGUUGACCACGGUUCUCCAGGAACACAUCACCACUGUCAUGACCCGCUACAAGGGCAAGAUCUAUGGCUAUGACGUCGCCAACGAAAUCUUCAAUGAAGACGGCUCCCUCCGCAGCAGCAUCUUCUACCAGGUCCUCGGCGAAGACAUGGUCUCGAUUGCCUUCAAGGCGGCCCGGGCAGCUGACCCGAACGCCAAGUUGUACAUCAACGAUUACAACCUCGACAGCCCCAACUACGCCAAGGUAACCACAGGCAUGGUCCAGCACGUCAACAAGUGGGUCGCCGCCGGUGUGCCCAUCGACGGCAUCGGUACUCAGGGCCACAUCAGUGCCGGAGGCGGUAGCAACCUCGCCGCCGCCAUAAAGGCGCUUGCUGCUGCCAACGUGAAGGAGGUUGCUGUUACGGAGCUCGAUAUUCAGGGUAACAACGCUGGCGAUUAUGCUACUAUCACCAAGGGAUGCUUGAGCGAGCCCAAGUGUGUCGGUAUCACUGUUUGGGGUGUUCGUGACCCUGACUCGUGGAGACCCAAUGGCAACCCGCUCCUUUUCGAUGCCAACUGGAACCCCAAGGCUGCCUACAACUCUAUUGUCCAGGCUCUUCAGUAAGCGAGGCGGGUGGUGAACAUUCAUUGCAGUGUUUGGAUUGUAUGGUCGCUGUCAUUGCCAUGAGGAAGAGGUUGUAUAUUUCCAAUCAAUGUUAAUCCAAAAGUCAGGUCACCUUUCCAGGCAGUCAAAAAACAGAACACCGUGUUGGGGGGGUGACAAGUAUGUCGGCAAUAACCUGGGAGUGAAAUGCUAGCUACCGAAUCUACAAAUUUUGCAAGUCCUGGCAUUCCCCAUAUCAAGUUCAGUUAUUGGGUUUGAUCAAAUCCGCAAAAAGUAUACACUCACUAGUUUCUCCACGUGGAUUAAAUCAUCCAUCUUUACAUCUGGC